UCUCCUAAUAUACUGGAUAUCUUGAUCUGUGUUCCCUCUUCAGCUUCUUUUUCGCAAAGUUUUUGGUUGGUUUGUGGGUGAUUUUUUUAAACUUCAGAAGUGCUUGCUUGUGUUUGUUACCUCAUUCUCAUGUACUCACUUUUCUGAAGUCUUUGAUGUGGAGUAGCUGCUCUAAAAUCCAGUUGCCUGGUUGGCUACGGCUGAGCUUGAUAAUCUUGGUGUAGGAAAUAGACGGUGAUAGAUGUCAGGUCUUACAGACAUGUGUCUCUAAGAGUGGGUUUACUCCAUGUUUUAAACAUUGCCAUCAUAGAUUGUUCUGUGGGGUAUGCAGAGCUAGCCUGCUUGACCUGGGUUUUACAUGGGACUCUUGGCAAACUCACUGUUAUCUAAUGAGCUUUCUGAAUGCUCAAAAUAGUCCUGUAUCAAGCCUGAUUAGAAACUGAAACUUCCUCUUUAAAGACAAACAGAUUGAGAAUUUAAGAUAGGCAGGUUUUAACCCUUCAGCUGUUGUUCUUCCACGUUGCAGCAGGUGUCUGCAGCCCAGGCUUGCAGACUGUUUGCUACUUGGUGUUUGAUGUUUUUACCCAAAAUCCCCCUUGGAACAGGAGAGCUUUCUAGCACCGAGUUUAACAGUGACAUAUUCCUGUGAGAAGCUUCUGCUUUGGACAAGUGGUACUGUUGCCAUGCCGAAGGAGGAGCUCCUACAAGGCUGUAUUUAAUUCUGGGUGGUCUGUGAACAGGUGAAUGCAGGGCUGGCAGAUGCCCUUGUCAAGAAGCAUGUAUAAACUCCGUGGAAUCAAGAAAUAGUUGUAUGUGUGGGGAUGGAAAGGGAGGUAGCUGUAAUCGUUCCUCCAUGUUGGGCAUUAUUUCAUGCUUUGAAUCCAUUCGAAGCCAGCUUGUAGGCAAUAUCGCUGCUAGCUUCUGCUCCGAAGCCCUGGUAAGCAGUGUGUCAGCUCUGUCUUGGGAAGGAGGUGGGGAGAAAGGAGACUUGCACGAAGAUGAUUGAGACGCUCUUCCCUCAAGCUUUCAUCGUGAAGGGGUGUUCUCCCUGACCGGCAGCAGGGUAGCUGCAGUGGGCAUCAGCUAGGCGUGAGCGUUCAUCUUCCAAACUGGCGUCAGGAGUGGCAGCGGGGUUCUCGGCAUCCAAAAUCUCUGUGUCCUUUAUGAUUUGCCUGUUGUGGAACCAAGAUGGAGCCAGGAGGAAUGAGAAGCAAACCAGAAACCCUGCUUCCAACCGGAGCUGGAGCAUGGGCUUGGUGCUGCCUUCCCUGUCCUCUCCUGCUUGCGUGCCCAGGCAGCAGCGUGCUCCUUGCUCUCCUACCUCUGUUGGGUUUUGUAUCCUGGUAACAGAGCUCCUGUUAGCUGCGGAAAACUCCCCGCGGUCCUUUGAGCUGCUGUGAGGGCUGUAGCUCUGGGAAGCAUGAACAAAACUCACCCCCAGAGAAAUGGUGAUGUAGCUACUUUUGAUUCAACAAAGUCCUUCUCUGAAGAAAGAGACUGCUGCCAGCCACGCGGCACCCGUGCGGGCUGCACGUGGAGACGCGCCUGCAUCUCUGCCGCGGUGCUGCUCGUCCUUGCUGCCGCCGUGGGCUUGGCCGUGGCGCUGGGACUCCUGUUACGUGCGCCAGUGAACCGCUUCUGUACAGCUUCCAAAAACCGGACAGGUUUCUUGUGUGACGACAGCGCGACCUGCAUCCCAGCCAGCCAGGUCUGUGACAGAAUCAGCGACUGCAGGAAUGGAGAGGACGAGCAGGAGAAACUCUGUGGUGACUUGCCCCGCAGCCUUCCGGGAUACCUGGUUUUCCGCUGCAGUAACCCCGCGUACUGGGUCUAUGCUGAUCGGAGGUGUAACGGGCUGAAUGACUGCGGAGACUGCUCUGAUGAGAUGGGGAGCUUGGCGGACUGUCCUCCAUGCGGGUCGGAGUGGUGGAGCUGCAGCCCUGUGUUCUACGAGUACUGCUCCUGCGUCCCCAGGAGGCUGUGCCGGGACGGCAUCCAGCACUGCCUCAGCUGGUCCGAUGAGUAUAUCUGCAGACCGUGAAGUCUUGGCAGCGCUGGAGACAGCACAGUGCUUCCUGCGUUGUCGCCUUUAAGCCUUGGUGUCCUCCUGCUCUGCCACCCGCUUGGGAAGCUCCAACCCAAGCAAAUCCUCAGCAGCAGCACACCGACUGUCACACAGCGACACUGAACAGGGAUGAAGUGCAUAUGGUAGCCCACGCUGCAGGCCAGACGCUGGCUGUGGGACACCUUCCAGGGUUCUCCUGUCAUGUGAGGGUGAGUCCUUUCUACAUGAGCAGAGCACUGCCUUGCAGCAUUGACUUGAUGGGCUGUGUGCAGGCUGCUGGCGACUGUUGAGCAGCUGCUGCCAACACAGAUACUGUGUCUGGCCAACCCUGGGCGAGGGGUUUCUCCUGCAUGGACAUGCUGGUGCCUUCGCAGGCAGCCAGAAGAAGGUACAUUGAGGACUACCCUAAAGAGCAGGAGCUGAGUGAGGUGAGUCUUUCCAGCCCUUGGGUUAGCAUUUCCCUCCAAUGCGUCUUCACGCUCCUGACCCUCACGGGCAAGAGGAGAAGCUUGUGUUUGUGUUCAAAGCAUGUCUGCAGAUGGUUCCAGCGGUGGCUUUGAAGGCUCUGCGUUGAUGUUCCCAGGAUGCUUCCUUGGGAACACUGUGCUGAGGAUGGCACCGUGGGGAGCUGCUGCACAGGCCACCUCCCGUGCUCUUCUCAAACACGAAGGCCAAUGUGGAGAGUGUAAUGGCAAGGAAAACUGCUGUGGAGAGGCUCAAGGGUUUGUGGGGAUAAAUCACCAUGUCCUUGCGACUGUGUAGCUGUUCCUCAAAGCCAGGGCAGGGAACCAGCAUGUAUAUAAAAUGUACUUCUCUUUGGGCUGUACAGUUUUGGAGCAGGAGCUCAGCAGGUUGAGAACAGCCGUGGGGCCAGGAUGUGUUUGCACUGAAGUUGGCAAAGAAAGGAGGAAAAAAACCAAACAGUUGCAGCCUCAGAGCAGAGAGCAGCAGAAAACCAAGUGCCGCUCCUGGGGUGGUGUGGGAUGACACGGGAUCUGUUUGUUGCUUAUUUCAUUCCUCUGCCAGCAAAGCAGGAUCAGGCAGCCAAACCUUCAAAGGAGUCCUCAGGAUGUAGGUACGGAUGUGCCACUGAAAUUUCAGAAAGAUGGAGUCUUUCUCUGCUCCUUUGAAAAUCUCACCUGUGUCUAAAACAUUGUGUCUGAGAAAAACCCACAUUUACAGUGAGCGCGCUUACUUUUCUAGGCCCAUAAUAAACUUCAGGUGAUCUUCUUCCCACCACCAUCCCAGGUCAUAGAUCUUUAAGAAUAAAACCCCGUUCAAUCAUUUCCUCUCCGUCCUGUGAUCUGCAACUCUGCAUGUCACCAUGACUUGUAUCAAAGGUGAAUAUUUCUUCUGAUUUGUCCCUGGGAUAUAGUUGUAGGUCUGACAGAUCUUUUAAAAAUAGCUUUACUGUAUUCUGACUCAUACUUCACCUGGAAUGAGAUGGUAAAACUCUGUGUAAUGGAACCGGUACUACAGGAAACUUUUAAAGCCGUAUUUAAUAACCCGUCCUUCUCCACGCCUGGCUAGGAUGGCUGGCUUGCUUUUGUGCCUGUAAAACUUCACUGCAGUGCAUUCAGUGCUGCAGCUCGGAAGAGCGGUUAGGAGUUUCCUACCUAAACAAUUAUCAGUUGCAAGCUUCCAGCCUCAAUCAAAGCCUGAAAUCGAGAUGUACAUUUUUACUGGAGAG